CUUGCCGUGACGAGCUUUCCAGGCUUCCGUCACCCUGCCUAAACCCAAGCGGCAACCACCGACGAAAAAAGCUUUGAACUUACAGGAAGCUCAUUUGACCCCGGCUUCCUCAUUGACAAAUCAUCCCUGUAAACACAUUUUCCUGCGUCGGUUCCCUCCAUAUCGCCGCCAUGCCCGACAUUCGCAACUUCUUCAGCUCCAAGGGCGGUGCGCCGCCGCCGAAGCCUGCAACCAAGAAGGAGGAAGAGACAAAAGUGUCUAGAGCCAAAGGCCGAAAGGUCAUUGAGGACAGCGACGAGGAUGAGGUUGUCGAAACCAAGAAACCAACCAAGGCCACCCCUCGGAAGAAGGCAUCAGCCCCCAUCGAGGUAAAGGGCGAAGAGACAACGGCCGCCAAAUACUUUGCAUCAUCCAAACCGAAAUCAGGCACCGUGCAAACUACUCCAAAACCAGCAUCCAGGGCUCAGCCCGCCCCUGGCGCCGAGGUUCGCGUGAGCCCGAGAACUAAACCGGCCGCGUCAAAGCCAGCCCCUGAGCCCGCCAAGGCCACGCAAAACGGCAUCAAAAGGAAGCCGAUCACCUCUUACAAGAAGCAUGAUCGAGACGAUGACGACGCAUUCUUGGACGAUGACGAGGAUGCAGGCGAUGAUAUCUUUGCUGCUGAUGUGAAGGGCCGCAACAAGAGAAAGAACGACGAGUACCUGGAGGAAGACAGCGAGGAAGAGUUUCUUCCGAAGCCUAAGCGCGUAGCUUCGCGCGCCGGCAAGCCCCUAAAGGACGAGUCUGAAGACGAGGUUAAAUCGAACCCCAAAGCGACCACCAAGAAGACGCCUGCCUCGACCCGGAAACGCAAAACACCAGCUUCUGACAGCGAGGAAGACGUGGACGAUGUCAAGCCUGCCAAGAAGGCAGCCAAACCCCGCGCUCCUAGGGCCAAGAAGCAGCCCGAGUCCGACCCUGAUGAUGUUAAAGUCAUUCUUGACAAGGUCCCGACCGUCCAGGCGCCCGACGCACCUCCACCAGACCCGGACGCCAAGUUUGAUUGGCGCGGCGCCAAAGGUGGCGGCAAUGCCGGGCCACCUCCAAUGGCCGGUGCCGCCGAGAUUCCCGAGGGUGAGGAGGACUGUCUGAUGGGCAAGACGUUUGUUUUUACCGGCCUGCUCAAAACCCUCAGCCGCGAGGAGGGACAGGCCCUUGUCAAACGAUAUGGCGGCAAGGUUACUGGCGCACCGAGCAGCAAAACGGACUUCGUCGUCCUGGGCGAUGAUGCGGGUCCCAGCAAACUCAGGAAGAUCAAGGAGCAUGGUAUCAAGACGAUUGAUGAGGAAGGUCUGUUUUACCUCAUCCGAACAAUGCCUGCUCAUGGCGGUGGCGGAAAGGGUGCUGAGAAGGCCAAGGAGAAGCAGGAGGUGGAAGCGAAGAAGGUUCGUGAGGAGGCUGAACGCAUGGAGAAGGAAGAGAAAGCCAGACAGGCCGAAGCCGAGAAGGCGGCCAAGAAGGCUGCUGCCGCCCGCGGGGCCCCUGCUCCGGUGCGGGCCCAGAUUCUAUCGCAGUUGUGGACAACCAAGUAUGCUCCGACGCAGCUCAAUCAGAUUUGCGGCAACAAGGCGAACGUCGAGAGGAUUCAGUCCUGGCUCCACAACUGGCCCAAGUUUCGCAAGUACGACUUCAAGAAGAGGGGUGCAGAUGGGAUGGGCGCGUAUCGCGCCAUCAUCAUCUCAGGACCGCCUGGAAUCGGCAAGACGACGGCUGCCCACCUUGCGGCCAAGCUUGAAGGCUACGACGUCCUGGAGAGCAACGCCAGCGACACACGCAGCAAGAAACUUGUUGAAAGCGGAGUCGCUGAUGUCCUCAAUAACACGUCCCUUUUGGGCUAUUUUGCCGGCGACGGCAAGAAGGUCGAUGCCGGUAAAAGGAAGAUUGUCCUCGUCAUGGACGAGGUCGACGGCAUGUCCGCAGGUGAUCGAGGCGGUGUUGGUGCGCUUGCAAAAUUCUGCAAGAAGACGGACGUCCCCCUCAUUUUGAUUUGCAACGAGCGCAGGUUGCCCAAGAUGAAGCCUUUCGACCACGUUGCAUUCGAUGUCAAGUUCCAGCGCCCGACCGUUGAUCAGAUCCGGUCCAGGAUCAUGACUAUUUGCCACAGAGAAGGCCUGAAGAUGCCGCCGCCCGUCGUCAACGCGCUCAUUGAGGGCAGCGGCAAGGACAUUCGCCAAAUCAUCAACAUGCUUUCCACGGCCAAGCUAGACCAGACUACGAUGGACUUUGAUCAGAGCAAGGCCAUGGCCAAGGCCUGGGAGAAGCAUGUUGUGCUCAAGCCUUGGGAUAUUUGUCAGAAGAUGAUCGGAGGCGGUUUGUUCAGCCCAGCAAGCAAGGCGACGCUGAACGACAAAAUCGAGCUCUACUUCCACGACCACGAGUUCAGCUUCCUGAUGAUCCAGGAGAACUACCUGCGCGCAAGGCCGGCCGGGUUGAACGCACAGGGAUACACUGACAGGCUUCAAAUUCUCAAGCACCUUGAGCUUGUCGAUCAGGCCGCUGAAAGCAUCAGCGACGGAGACCUAGUCGACCGCAUGAUCCAUGGCCCACAACAGCACUGGAGCUUGAUGCCCACGCAUGGAGUCUUCAGCACCGUCAGGCCGUCGAGUUUCAUUGCCGGUAUGUUCACGGAACAGCCCACGUUUACAACAUGGCUCGGCAACAACAGCAAGUACGGAAAGCUGGGUCGAUUCGUUCGCGAGAUUCACUCCCACAUGCGUCUCAAGUCUUCGGGCGACCACAACGAGAUUCGGCAGCAGUAUCUGCCUGUGCUCUGGCACCAGUUGGUCAAGCGCCUGGAGAUUGAGGGCAAGGAUUCCGUCGAGGACGUCAUCAAUCUCAUGGACAGCUACUACCUCACACGGGAGGACUUUGAUUCCAUCAAGGAGCUUGGCGUGGGGUACCAGUCGGAGACCACCGUCAAUAUCGAUACGCAGACCAAAGCCACUUUCACCAGGAUGUACAACGCCGCCUCCCACCCAAUGCCUUUCAUGAAGGCCAGCAACGUGACGGCGCCGCGGAAGCUCGGCAAGGAGAUGCCGGAUCUGGAGGAGGCCAUUGAGGAGGAGGAUGAGAACGACGUUGCCGAGGUUGCUGAUGUCGAUGAGGACGAGGAGCUCGACCUCAAGACGGACAAGUACAUCAAGCAGCCGAAGGCCAAGGGCGGGAAGAAGACAGCCAAGAAGACAACGAAGGAUGAAGACGAUGAUGAUGAUGAUGACGGUGAGGGUGGCAAGCCCGCGAAGAGCAAGGGCAAGGCUGCCACUAGGGGUAAGGGAAGGCCGAAGAAGGCGUAAUGCAAGGGCUUGUACGCUUGUGAGUUUUUGCUGAGCUGGAGCAUGUUGUAGACUGGCUUGGCAGGCCUAUGCUACCUAUGUGCACAUAUUCAGUGGAUUGUUGUAGGGGCCCCUUCAAACAAUGCUGAUUUGACUGGCCACAG